AUGAAAUUCAUUACUUUCGCCAUUGCUUUCAUCGGUGCAGCAUCCGCUGGUUACAUUGCUCCAGCUGCUCCACUUUUGGGAGGAUAUGCUGCUCCUGCAUUUGCUACUGGUGCUCCACUUGCCUAUUCAGCUCCAGCAAUUGCUACCGCUCCAGCCCUUGCUGCUGCUCCAGCUUUCGCCGCUGCUCCAGCCCUUGCUGCCGCUCCAGUCCUUGCCGCCGCUCCAGCCUUGGCCUACUCCACUCCAGUCGCCUUCGCUGCCCCAGCCUAUGCAGGUUACGGAUUCGCCGCUGCACCACUUGCCCUCUUGAAGAAGAAGGCAGCUGCCUAA